ACACGUAUCCCUUAGUGUCAUCUAUUUUGAAACGGAGGGAGUAACUUAGAACAUGAAGGCCAUAUGAAUUCAUAAAAAAGAAAAAGAAGAAGAUUAUGCCCAUAUAAGUCACUCAAUCUUAGAAUAUAUGCAUGAAACUAGCUCAUAUAGUGCUCCUUACCUGAAAACUAGAAACCUGUACAAUGUGUGCCUCACCUAAAAACUGGAUUUUUUUUUCUAAGUUCCUUACCUGAAACUCUCAUAUGGUGUGUUUUAUACAAUGUUUGUUUGCCCUCGGCACGAACGUCUGGCCUCCCCGAGGGUAGCUCAGCUGACCCCUAUGAUGUAACCUCGUAGUAUGUUUGUCUCGUUGCAUCAAAAUAAAGGCUAAAGAGAGACCGUGUUUGUCUGUCUGUAGCCCUGUACAAAUGAGUAUGGUUAUCUUGUACCGAUAAUCUGGUAACCUUACCACCGCCCUUUCUCCUUCUCUCCUUAUUGGCAUUUCAUCAAACACUUCACUGACGUGAGUACACUACUGCCGUGCUAACAACACCGCUAGUGCCUCCCUCCUCACCACAGCAGGACGUCGGCGACGACAAGGCCCAAUGGCGAUGGUGUCUCCUCCGCGUUUCCAACGCCGUCGCCACCGGCUCCGGCGGGUUGCUGCUGGAGCUGGUCGAGCGUGGCGCGAAGGCCCACGACGACAGCCCGCGCGGAGCCUAUCUCCGUUGCGGCGUCGUGGCCGGCGGACGCGCGUCGUUCGCCACCUACAGCUACAGGCCACAACCCACAGCCACAGGUGCGCGUGACAAGUCGUGCCAACAAAGAAAGCUUUUCGACCAGAAAAGACGCGACGCUCAUGUGCCAUCAAUUCGCUCCUUCACUCUCUUCCUCCUCCGGCUUUUAGUAGCUUUACCCACCAGCGACCAAACAGUCAAAUCAGCAAGACAACAAGCCAGCGUGCUCAGUUCCAUUUCCAUCGCCUGCUUCUUCUAGUCCUCCCACCUGCAACUGCAACGCCCGGUUUCCCAGUCCUGGCUGUCCCCGCUAGCUGUUUGGUCCUCUGCUCAUGGAAGAGCCGAGGAGGCCUCGAUUCUUCAAGGUCCUUGUCGACUUCGCGCGCCGAAUCGAGAUACCUCAAGCCUUCCUCUGUCAUUUUCCAGAGGGGAGACACAGACAGUCUGGCACUACAAUGGUGACAUCUGCUAAAGUUGUCCUUAUGAAUGCUCAAGGGAAUAGUUGGUCUGUUGAGCUGGAGGAAAUUGACGGCCAUGUGUUUCUGACCACUGGAUGGCCAACGUUUGUGGAGGACAACUGUUUGGGAAAGGGUGAAUUCCUUAUCUUCAAGUACGAUGGGAGAAUGCAUUUCAUAGUCUCGUUUUUUGGCGUGAAUGCUGUUGAGAAGUCGUCUUCAUGGAGUGGCUCCCAAGCUACGGAGAAUGUAGAAGGAGAACUCGCAUGUCCUGUCAUCCCUUCUAGGAAGGGAGGGCAUAGUGGCGAUGGAUUAAUAACAGAGAAAGUUAAGGAUUUUAUGCAUACUCACUCUCAGACAGAUACCAUGAAACGAAACACUGAUGAACACAUUUCAUCCCAGGGCACAAUUGGUUUCCUUGACUCGCAUGAAGUAAUUUGCUCCAAAGAUUACUUGGAGACAUACUGGUCGCAGAGUGAGACAAUGGAGGAUGAUAAAGCUAAAGCAGUAGCGGAAGUAAUGAGAACUUUGCGUGUUGACAAAUUGACAGUAGACUUAUUCUGUGCUAUACUCUGUUUGCAUAAAUGGAAAGUUGAGGCGGCUGCAGAGUAUUUUAAUGUUUGUAGGGGCAAACCACAAAUUCUGGAACAAUCUCUGAAGCAGAAAUUUGUUUUGCAGUUGGACUUUGUAAAGGGACAACUACAACGCUUCUUCCCUCAAGAUUAUGAUUCUGAGAGAAUCAAGAAGAACAAUGUUGAGAGACCUAAUUUGUCUAAUCAACCACUACAACGUGACCUGAUGGUGGCACCAGUGAAACGGAGGCUAGUUGAUGAAUAUAAACCUUGUGACUUGUCUCAUCGACAGAAGAGAAUAGUUAAGUUGCAGGGAAACUCACUGCAAACUCAAACACCAAGAAGAUCUCCACGAUUGGCACACGCGAACAAUACUUGUAACAACAACAAAAAAGUGUGGAAAGGAAGAGCCAAAGUGCUUAAAACACCACCAGAGGCAACAAAUCAGGUGAAGGAUAGAGCACAUGAAUCAUGUUCGCUUCAUGAGAAACUAGAUAAUGCCUUGAAAGCAGUUCAUGAAGAAGCAACAGGUUCCUUAUCUCAGGACAUCAGGAUACUGGAUUCCCCACGGUGUGAGGUUGGCUUAAGUAAAGAGCAUGAACAUGACCAAGGAGAUACUGGCAAAAUGUUGGAUCAAGUCAAUGAUGGAGAAAACUGUAAGGAACAUUUGGGAAGAGAUGCUAUGGGAAAUUCUGAGUCAUUCAUGAGUACAUAUUGCGUAGAGUCAUUGCCAAACAGCUCUAGGUUGACAGCAUCUUCAAGAAUAAAUGAGCUAUCAUUUACAUGGAAGCCCUCACAACAUGUCAGUCCCCUUGAUAAAGUUUUACUUGGCAUUCAAAGAGAUAACUUCGUGAACACCAUUGCACACAUCCAGAAAAUCAUCCGGGAUGAUCCUUCAGAUGUGCUUAGUGCAGAUGUAAUUGAAGCCACUGUGCGGAUAGAAAUUAUUAAAUGGGAUUUAUGCCUUCAGGACAAGGAUGCCCAUAAGAUAGUAAAUGCAAUGUUGGAGUAUGCUAAAAAGGUCAAGGGGAGACAGAAUUUCAAUACUGAGAUGAGGAAGGAAGAGUUCUCUGCAAAGCUACAGGAUCUCCUAAAGUGGCAGCUUAAAGAAUUAGAACUUACAUACACUUCCUUGGAAUCAGAUUACAAGAAAGCAACGACUGACGCUAGCAUUUUUUUCUCGACAUUUGAAGAACACAAGAAAAAGUUGAAUGCCAUUAAGGAUGGUAUCAAGGGCGUGCAGCAGGCCUGUAUGAUUAAGGACGAUGAAAUGCAAAAAUUGGCACAUCAAGUCGCUGAGCAUGAGACUGCAUAUCAGAAGUCUAUAAUGGAAAAGGUUAGGGUUAAGAUGGCUCUGAAGAGCCAUGAGCAGACUAUUGGUUACGUAAAAGAGCACCUAGCCUCUACUGAAUCUGGAUCAAUUGACGUAGGAGCAUUGGUUAAGAUAGAGAUGGAUAAUAUGAGUAAGGAGAUUGACGUCUCCAAGGGAAAUCUUCUAAAUAUCAACUUCAAGAAAGAGUAAAGAAGGUGUAAGCGUUUGUUUACAAUUAUUAAUUUUCUGGCUAUGGUCACUUCAUGGUCAGAUGUCAUGCUACCAGCAUCAGCAAUCAGCUUUCCUGUGCUCACCAGCACGAAAAAGGUUUUGAAAACAUCACCCGCUGAUAUCUCCCCAGACUGUGCCAGCUUCCCACCAUACCAGAAGUCCAGUGCCCAUGA